GAUGUAAAUGGGCAUUAUCAGACCGCACUUCUUCUUGGUGAUGUUGACGAGCGUAUUAAAAUUCUAAAAGAUGUUGGUCAGACUUCUUUGGCAUAUCUAACCGCAGCAACACAUGGAUUCAGCGAGGAAGCCAAGCAAUUGAAGGAGGAGCUGUUAGCAAAAGGACAAAACUUGCCACCAGUUGAUCCGAAUGCUCGCUUACUGAUUCCACCACCUCCAAUUAAGCAGAUGGAGGAUAACUGGCCGUUAUUAACAAUGUCACGUGGUCCUUUUGAUGCACACCUUAUCACGGGAAAUCUAGCAAAUGUUGGUGAUAAAGCAUCUCGAGUAGCUGCUCCCUUUGCACACACCGAUGGUGACGUUGAUGUGGCUGGGGAUGCUUGGGGUGGUGAUGAUUUGAUGCUGGAUGAGGAGGGUAAUCCGGAUAUCGAUGAAGAUGAAAUGCACAGCGCUACAAGUGAGAAAGAAAAUAAAGAAGGUGGCUGGGAUGUAAGUGCUGAUU